GCCAUUCAAUGCUGUAUAUCGUCUAAUGGCGAAAUCGGGAUGAACUCUCAGUUGGUAUAACAUGCAUAUAACGGUACGUUUGUUAAAAUGUACUUAUAUAGCUUGACUGCCUUAACAUUUGACGUAUUAUAAGGUGGAGACCAAUUAUAUCGGGCCAUAUUUGUAAUAUGUAUACUUGAUCUACAAGUUUCGCCAAUGGAGAAACUAUUUGUAUUAUUUUUUAUGAUACGUGUCGUAGAUGGCACUCUUCCAGAAGGUGCAGAACGUGUAGAAUCUUGUCCUGAAGCAAAUAACAUUACAGCUUGGAUAGAAGCAUCAAAAAGAUUCGGUUGCUCAGAUUACACUUCGAAAAUUACUAAAAAUACAUUAGUGUAUCAUUGCAUUGCAAGUGGUUUCUUGAAUGAAACAAUUGAAUUAUGUGCAAAAAAUGCAGCAAUACCAAAAGGCCAUUGUCCUAUUUACAACUACCAAAAUGGAGCUACUGUUGCAACAAGCCGUAGUUGUGCUCAUUUUACAAAUGGCUGUCCAAGCCCGACGGAACCACUUUAUCACAGUAAUUCUUUCUAUAAAUACUCUGCAUGUUGGGACAUAAAUAAAAAGUCCAAGUGUCAUCAUGCUGACCCAAAUUGUCCAAAGGACGAAAUGAGUUACCAGACAGCGGUGCCAAAUGACCAGAAUAUAGAUAAUAGUGUCAACACAACAACAAACCAGGCAAUAACACCAAAUGUCCAAAAUCCACCCGCAACUGUGUCAAAUACACCUGUCAUACAAUAUGUAAACAUGACCUUUAAAAAUUGAAUUAGAUCAACUAUAAGAUAAAGACUAACAAGAGAUAAUUGAUAGAAACAAUAUCUACAUGUAUUACAGUGUGCUAAGAAAAGAUAUCCCUGCUAUAUCUCUGGAAUUAUUAAAUGAAGGCCUAUUGUACAAGGAGGGGAUAUACAUAGGCUGUGUCUGUUGUCCAAUCCUAUUGAAUAAAUUCAAUAAAAUAUGUUUAAAUUAAAAAUUAAUAAAGACACAUACAAUAUUAAAUCUCAGAUAGCUUUAAAGAUUUAAAAUAUAAGGUCAAGAUCUAGUAAAUGACCCCACAGUGUAUUUUUGGUUUUAGAACCACUAUGACGUCAAAAUUGAUUUAAAGAAUGUUUUCUCCCAACUUGGUAGCUGUAAAGGAAUUAUGUAGGAAAAAAAAUAAUAUAAUUUCUUGACAUUCUAUAUUAAAUCAUGGGAAAAGUAAUGCCGAUACCUACGUUCAAUUUGACAUCAUUUUAAUGAGGAGGUCAAGAGCCUAUUUAAUUCCGUUUUUGGAGAGACAGUAGGCAUUCUAGAUAUAUUAUAUUAGUCGAAAAUGGACAAAACUCCGAAAUUUGUUACUUAUUUCCUUCAUAUUUCAUUGAAAAUGACAGGUUUUAACAUGAUUUCUUUUAGCCCGGUACACCCAAUCAAACAAAGCUAUUGUUAUGUAGCAUCACUGAAAGAAUCUAUAUCUUAAAACUUAUGAACAUGUAGGCACCUUCAUUGACUGGAUCUUGGCCUUAAAGCAAUCUCAUAGAUUGAUCAUCGUGUAUUUUAUUUGGAUUAAAUAUCAAACUUACUCUUGAAUGUUGUUCAUAUUCCUAACUGUCUAAAGAUUACAUGUUGUCAACAUUAAAACACUGGAGUAUUCAAAUGAAAUUGAUGUUUUUCAAAACACAACAAAAAAAAUAUUUAUUUUCAUAUGUAAUGUAAAUACAAAAUACAAU